AGAGUCGGGGAUGUCACCGCCGACCGGACGGUGUCGAUCGACGGACGAGUAGAGUUGGUAGGUGUUCGACGGAGCGACGAUGGUCGCGGAGAGGCUAUUGUGGACAUGAUGGCCGGUGAAGGUGAUGACGGCAAAUGUGCUGGUUGUGGCAGGUCUCGUCGUGCUGUCGUCGACGUCAGCUCUGGUCGAGAUAGCAGCUUGGGUGACAUUGGAAUCGUCUGGACCCUUUUUGUCAGGUCCGGCACGCAGCCCGCUGACCUACCCGAUACCACACCUAUUCUGCAACUCAUCAGCAUAUUUCCCUUUCACAUCAAGCAGGCUGCUGUUCUAAACGCCAUAAACUAGCGAGGACUUUAAGUCAAGCCUUCAUCCCGGAAUGGACGUCCCUUCUCAGAUCAAAUCCGCUCUACAAGCAUCAUCAUUCCCACCCCCUUCACAAAAUCUUCUUUCCUCCCUUUCUCCGUCCAUUCCUCUACCCUCACUUCUCGCAACCGCUAAAUCACGAAUCCUCUCCUCUGACCUCACAUCGUCUCCCCUCAUCAACCCUUCUCUGCCGACCCUCCCAGCCGGCAUCGACAGUCCGGCGGCAAAGGAAGUUGUCCUCGGCAGAGACACCCACGUCCAGGUCGUGGACAUUGAGAACCUCAGCGUCAGCCGCUGGGAGCAAGUCGAGGAGCUAGAGGCCAUUGAGCGUGGCGAGCGGACACGGGGAAGGGAGGUCAUUCAAGUCACAGGCGAGGAGAACGAGAAUGUGGGCACACAGUCCCAGCCAGCGACACAAGCGCAGCCGACCCAGGCAGGGAAGAAUGCGAUACACCGACUCACACUGCAAGAUCGUGCGGGAAACAAAGUGUACGCCAUCGAGUUGAGACGCAUAGACAAGAUUGGCAUUGGCAAAACCAUGAUGGGGGAAAAGAUCCUUCUCAAAAGGGGCACAGUCGUGGCGCGAGGGACCGUCCUGCUCACGGCUGACAAGUGUGUGUUUCUGGGUGGAAAGAUUGACGCCUGGCAAAGGACGUGGGUGGAGGGACGGCUAGCGAGAUUAAAAGCAGAAGUUGGUCAGGAUAGGCCGACACAGUAGAAUAGCGAUACCCAUU